GAGCCUCAGCCGCCGCUCUCUGCUCCCGCCCUAGCCGCCGGAGCGCGGUCCAGCCGCCGCCAUGGGGAGCUACGUGUCGCGGGAGGACUUCGAGUGGGUCUACACCGACCAGCCGCACGCCGCGCGGCGCCGCGAGAUUCUGGUGAAGGACAUUUCAUGUAAAUGAAAUCGUACUGCUUGAGUGAUGGCGUCUUUCACUAUUACCAAAGUAUCCAGAGAUAAAAUCCUUGAUGAAACCUGAUCACAACUUGAUAUGGAUUAUCAUGCUGAUGGUUCUCAUCCAGCUGGUUGCCUUUUACUUAGUGAAAGACUUGGACUGGAAAUGGGUCAUGUUUUGGGCCUAUGUCUUUGGCAGCUGCAUGAACCACUCAAUGACUCUGGCUAUUCAUGAGAUUGCACACAACUUCACCUUUGGUCACCACAAGGCAAUGUGGAAUCGCUGGUUUGGAAUGGUUGCAAAUCUUCCUUUUGGGCUUCCAAUUUCAAUUUCCUUUAAGAGGUAUCACAUGGAUCAUCAUAGAUACCUUGGAGCUGACGGCAUUGAUGUGGAUAUUCCUACUGACUUUGAAGGCUGGUUCUUCUGUACCACUUUCAGAAAGCUUAUAUGGGUUAUUCUUCAGCCUCUUUUUUAUGCCUUUCGACCUCUGUUCAUCAAUCCCAAACCAAUUUCUUAUCUCGAAAUCAUCAAUAUUGUGAUUCAGCUUGCUUUUGACAUUUUAGUUUACUAUCUUUUAGGAAUUAAAUCUUUAAUUUACAUGUUGGCAGCAUCCAUCCUUGGUCUGGGCUUACACCCGAUUUCUGGACAUUUUAUAGCAGAACAUUACAUGUUCUUAAAGGGACAUGAAACCUACUCAUAUUAUGGGCCUCUGAACUUACUGACCUUCAAUGUUGGUUAUCACAAUGAACAUCAUGACUUCCCCAAUGUUCCUGGAAAGAACCUUCCACUGGUGAGGAAGAUAGCAGCGGAAUACUAUGACAACCUGCCCCACUACAAUUCCUGGGUGAAGGUGCUGUACGACUUUGUGAUGGAUGAUACCAUAAGCCCCUACUCCAGAAUGAAGAGGGCUCCAAAAGGGCAGGAGGUGCUGGAGUAAAGCUCAUCACAGCAGAGGAAUCCCCUGCGAAGCCUGGGAAUAGCCGACCCAGUGUACUCUGUGAGAGGAGGCCUCAGGUCAGCAGUGCUUACGAGCCAGCCGCCUCACCCACUUGUGUUUCGGCUGGGAUCUCAGUGGAGUCAGCCUGGCCCUGUGUGCUCAGCUUACCUCGCUUGCUGUGAUCUCUUCCCUGGGAAGGGGCGUCUCCUCCCACGUCUGUCAUUGUGUAAGCAGAGUUUUACUUUACUAAAACAGCUAAUAAACUAAAAUAUGGAUUUCA